AUGCGAUUCGUUUCUACACCACUUCGCCGGCCAUCCGUUGCGUUCCCCGCCGCCCUCAGCUCGUUGAAUGUGCUGUCUGCACGUUGUUGUCGCUCGUCCAGCGCAGUGAAAGGCCCACUGACGUCAAACCAGCGCGUCGAUGUUGAACUAAAGGCGAGCGACCUGGACGAGUCGUUCGUCAAAGGUUCCGGCAAGGGGGGCCAGAAGAUCAAUAAGGUGCGCAACUGCGUGCUCUUGACGCACUUGCCAACGGGUUUGCAGGUGCGCACGCAAAAGACACGAUCACUAGCGGACAACCGUCGCGUUGCUCGUCAAUUGCUACUGCAGAAACUGGACGAUCACGUCAACGGGUCGUUAAGUAAACACAAUGAAAACAUUGCACAAUUGCGUCGGAAAAAGGCGAAUCGACGAGCUAAGGCCAAGCAAAAAUACGCCACUGCAACAACUGAAGGCGAUGAGCAGGACAUCGGAGACGACGCAGGAGAAGACAACAGCGACAGUGAGGACGAGUGCAUUGAGUUAAUCGAGAGUGCUGAUAUUGACAGUAAGGAGGGAGUGCAAGGAACAAAGCGUCGAAACGAAGCAUAG